AUGAGGAAAAAUUAUUAUAUUGUAGACUACCCUCCUGCACCACAUAUACAUCCAGUGGACUCUAAAAAAGAACGUGCAGGUACAGGUACUGCCUCCAAAAGCAAUUACUACGAUGACGAUGUAUUACCAGGGCCAUCCAGAGCAAGAUCUCGAUUUCCUUCGCCAGUAAGUUCAGAACAAAGUUCAUCUUCAUCUUUCACAGUUGCCUCAAAGGGUCAAAAAACCAUGACAGAUUCGUUUGAGUAUAUACCAUCGUUUUCAGAAGGUGGCAAUAAAAAUCGUCAAAUAAAGGAAUCGAUUUUAUAUAUGAUAUGUAAAGAUUUACAACCAUUUUCUUUUGUUGAAAAUGAAGGCUUCCUGAAUUUGAUGAAGGUAACUGUUCCUCAAUUUAAAGUACCAAAUAGAACUAGCUUUACUCGACUUUUGGACCUCAAAUAUGAUUGUGUAGCUGCGAAUGUUCGUGAAAAGUUGAGUAAAACAAAGAAUAUUACACUAACCACGGACGUGUGGACUGAUACGAUGCAGACGCGAAGCUUUUUAGGCCUUACAGUACACUAUUGCUCUGAUAAUGAAACAGAACUAGUAUCAAGUACUUUGGGUGUAAUCGAGCUUCAAGAACGACAUACGGGACAAUAUUUAGCUGAUGAAUUAGUAAACAUCUGCAGAAUGUGGAAUAUAAAAAAAGAAAAUAUUUCAGUAAUCGUAACUGACAGCGGUGCCAACAUAUUAAAAGCAGUGAAGUUGGGGUUUGGAAAAAAAUAUAGUAUUCCCUGUUUUGUACAUUUAAUUAAUUUGGUUGCUGAAAAAUCUGUUAGUGACGUUGCUAACUUGUCUACUCUGAUAUCAAAAUUAAAAACGAUUGUUACCUGGUUUAAAGCAAGCGUAGUGGCUAGCGACGAACUAAGAAAAGCAACUGGUACUGAAACAAAACUAAUUCAAGAAGUUAAUACUAGGUGGAAUUCUAAGUACUUUAUGAUAGAGCGUUUUUUGGAACUAAGACCAACCAUAAAUGAAAUUAUUAAUCGACAUAGAUCAGCACCAAAUAUGAUCAGUGCAAAAGAAGCUGAAGAACUAGAAGAGAUUAAGCACUUGUUGCGACCCUUGGAAGCGGCAACUAGAGAAUUAUGUGGGGAACAUUAUGUAACCAGCAGCAAAGUUAUCCCAAUGGCAGUUCACAAGAAUUUGAUUUGUGGAGCGGUCACCAUACAAUUGUUGAACGAACGAAAUCGAAACAAUUAGAUGAAUAUUCUACAGAUAUUACAUCAGAAGUCACUCAAUACUUAAGGAGUCCAAUUUCCAAUUUUUCUGAUAACCCGCUGUCUAGUUGGAA